UUUCCAACAUAUCUACAGCUUAGGGUUCAAGUGAAAAAUGGAUUUCCACAGCCUUUCAAGGAGAGAAUUGCAGGCAUUGUGCAAGACAAACAAGAUCCCCGCCAACGUGACGAAUGUUGCCAUGGCUGAUUCCCUCAAAAAUCUAGAGAUUGUUGAAGGGGUUGAUGAGGUGUUGCAGGAGUUUAAAUGUGGAAUUUAUCAGUCAUCAGUCGAGCCACGGUCAAGGACUACAAGGAAGAAGGAUGUAUUGCUGACCCCUGCUCAGUCAGGUGCUGCUAGCCGGAGGAGAAGAGCUGCUAAGGAAGACAGUACACUUCAGCAAGUUUAUGGAACAAGGCGGUCUGCAAGGUUGACAGAGAAGACUGCCAAGUUGUUACAAGGAGUCCCUUUGUUUUCGACGAAGGAUUUGUUUACUGAUGAUGUUCAAGACUUCAAAAUGAAAUUGGAAGAGAGCCUGGAUGGUUCAGUUGAAGUCUCGGGAGUUACUGAUGUGGAAGAGGCCGAGAGCAAAGAUGAAGGGCAGGUAGAUUCGAGUGAUAAACAGAAUGUGUCUAUUGAUGUAGAAGUGGCAUCCGUAGCAAUAGUGGAGGAUAAUGAUGGACAUCAAUCAAACCUGAAGGAAGUAGAGGUGCCCAAGAUUGAGGAGGAACAUCAUUCUACUGUGGAGGCUAAAAUAGAACUGAAUGAGAGUAGGGUUUCAGAAAUUGAGCAAGCCGGUUCUGGUUUCGAGACUCGAGAUAAAAAAGCUUAUCACGAUGAAUCUCAAAAGGCUGAUGGAUUCGAAGCCAAUCAAACUUCUGAGACCAAACCUACAAGGCUCAUAGCUGACAUUAUAGAAGAAGAGAAGACUUCUGAAGAUGCAGAAUCAGUAGAUGAAACAAUCGUUGAGAAUGAUCUUGCAUUAGCUGAAGCGUCUUCUGGCACUGUUAUCGAAAGUGUUGGCGAAGUGUUCGUUGCAGCUGAAGCUAUAGCUAUAGCUUCUGAAGAGAACAAGGAAGAUCUUGAGCUAAAUACUGAUUCAAGUGAAACCAUAUCCAAUCCUGAUGAAUCAGAUUCAGACAAUCUGGAUAUCACAGAAGAAUCAACCAAGAGUGAUGAUUCCAUGGCUUACGAAACCAGUUUGAGGAGCAACGAAGAUGAUGUUCCAUCUCUCACCAUUCAACCAACUCUUAUGACACCAAGAAGGGCAUCUGAUUCUGCAAACAAGGCAACCUCGGACAAUAAAGAGAAAGAGAAUGAGAAUGAGGAAUAUCUUGAGCUAAAUUCUGAUUCAAGUGAAACCGAAUCCAAUCCUGAUGAAUCAGAUUCAGGCAAUCUGGAUAUCACAGAAGAAUCAACCAAGAGUAAUGAUUCCAUGGCUUCCAAAACCAAUUUGAUAAGCAACAAAGAUGAUGUUUCCGACUGGGAUGAACAAGUAACACCCGAAAAAGAUGCUGCAGCAAUCCUAAAGAAUUCUCCAACUCGCCAACUAACUGCUUUGGAGAAUGCAGCAGUUCCAUCUCUCACUAUUCAACCAACUCUUUCGACACCAAGAAGGGCUUCUGGUUCUGCAAGCAAGACAACCUCGGACAAUGAAGAGAGUGAGAAUGAGGAAGAUCUUGAGUUAAAUACUGAUUCAAGUGAAACCGAAUCCAAUCCUGAUGAAUCAGAUUCAGACAAUCUGGAUAUCACAGAAGAAUCAACCAAGAGUAAUGAUUCCAUGGCUUCGGGAACCAGUUUGAUGACCUAUGAAGAUGAUGUUUCCGACUGGGAUGAACAAGCAACACCUGAAAAAGAUGCUGCAGCCAGCCUAGAGAAUUCUCCAACUCAUCAACUAGCUGCUUUUUCGGAGAAUGCAACAGUUCCAUCUCUCACCAUUCAACCAACUCUUUCGACACCGAGAAGGUCGACUGAUUCUGCAAGCAAGGCAACCUCGGACAAUGAAGAGAAUGAGGAAGAUCUUGAGCUAAAUACUGAUUCAAGUGAAAGCAAAUCCAGUCCUGAUGAAUCAGAAUCUUUGAAUCUCACAGAAGAAUCAACCAUGAGUGAUGAUUCCGCGGCUUCUGAAUAUAGUUUGACGAGCAGCGAGGAAGAUGAUUCCGACUGGGAUGAACAAGUAACAACCCAAAAAGAUGAAUCAGAUUCCUUGGAUCUCACAGAAGAAUCAACCAAGAGUAAUGACUCCUUGGCUUCUAAAAUCAGUUUGAUGAGCAACGAAGAUGAUGUUAUCGACUGGGAUGAACAAGUAACACCAGAAAAAGAUGCUGCAACGAGCCUAGAUCAUUCUCCCACUCCUUUUAUGGAGAAUGCAGCAGUGUUAUCUCUCACCAUUCCUCCAACUCUUUCGACACCAGGAAGGGCGUCUGCAAGCAAGGCAAUCGUGAGAACGGACAAUAAAGAGAACAUCGGCAGUGGAAGUAAAACCGCGCCUGCGAAAGAGAGAUCAAAGAUUGUCAAGAAAAUUGCUGAGAGUGUCCCCAUGCUGGAUGAUCUGAAGGGUGAAAAUGAGGCAUCUGCAGCUGCAAUAACUGCUCUCCAAGCACUGUCGGAUAAUCAGAAGGCGAAUUAAACCUCAUAUUGUUUUGAGUAUUUUCAUUCCAGUAUGAAUAUGAGAGAACUAAUGUUUUCUAUUCUGAUUUUGUGACUACAAUUUAUCUCUAUAUUUUGUGUUGUUUGGACAAGGUCACACCCACAAGGUUUCGGUGCAUGAAAUGUUUACCUUUGCUCUUUAAAUCUGAAAAUUAUUGAAAAAAAGAGCAAAUAAUCGAAAAAUCAUC